AUGGCCAAGGCCGGGGACAAGAAGCGCUUGGAGCAGAAUGCCGAUCACAUACGCAAACUCAAGAUCAUCGUCAUUGUGGCAAACGUGGCAUGGCUGGUGGUGCGCUUCCUCCUUCGCAGGAGCACCGUCACCUGGACCAGCUACGCAGCCCUGGGCCUCACCUCCCUGGUCUAUGCCAUUUGUUACCCUGGAAUCGCGACUGCCUUGGCACCCCACUACAGCCCAAGUGGCGAACUGGUGUAUGCCGGAGCUGACCUGGCACAGGGGGGAGUGCUCUCCUACUACCAUGACCUGCUCUACAUCACAGCCUUUGUGCAGCUUGGAAGCAUGAUCAGCAAGUGGGCAUGGCUGGCCUUUAUUGCGGUGCCUGCGUACUGUGCGUACCUGCUUGUGAUCCAUGUGCUGCUGCCUUACUGGAGCGCACCUCGUGCCGACACGACAUCGUUCGAGUCCGAGGCAGAUAAGCGGCGACGAGAGAAGAGGGAGAGGCAGACCGCGAGGGCUCAGAAGUUUUCAAAGUGA